UCCGAUCUCGGCGGGCGGGGCCGGAGCGGACUAAGAUGGCGGCGGUGCGGGCCGUGUGCGUGAUGCGCGGGGACGGGCCCGUGCAGGGCGUCAUCCACUUCGAGCAGCAGGGUAACGGGCCGGUGAAAGUCACUGGAAAAAUCACUGGAUUGGCCGAUGGAGAGCACGGCUUCCACGUCCACGAGUUCGGGGACAACACGAACGGCUGCACCAGUGCCGGCCCGCACUUCAACCCGCAGGGCAAACAGCACGGGGGCCCGAGCGACGCCGAGAGGCACGUGGGAGACCUGGGCAACGUGACCGCGAAGGGGGGAGUGGCCGAGGUGCAGAUCCAGGAUUCCGUCAUUUCCCUCAGCGGCCCCCACUGCAUCAUCGGCCGCACCAUGGUGGUCCACGAGAAGCCGGACGACCUGGGCAGAGGGGGGGACGACGAGAGCAAGAAAACCGGGAACGCCGGGCCCCGUUUGGCCUGUGGAGUGAUCGGGAUUGCCAAGAGCUAAGCGUGGCACCUCAGUGCUGCUCCACUGCUGCUCUUGCCCUUCCUCGUGCAAGCCCGAGAUUUUGUCACUGAUCUCCUGCUCCUCUGCAUCCCGAGCAGCGCUUAAACCUCUGAGACUGACGGCGUUUUGUAUGAUGUACAUGGCAAUUAAAGUGUCCCCCAUGGAACAGCUCUGUGGUCUCUGCUCACACACCUGCACCAUUCCACCAUUCCCUGUCGCCUCCCUCACUGGAGCAAACCCCUGCUGUGUGUGCCAGGGAGGAUGGGGGCAGAGCUCACAUCCCAGACCCUGGCAGACAGCAGCAGCCCUAGGGGUUGUCAGGGCUGCCUCGGGGUGAAGGUGCAGCAUUUGUGGAUCUCCAACCUGUGUAAUAAAUGUUCUGGGCAGAUA